AUGGCCACCGCCCUCUCACGGAGAAGCAUGUGGAAAGCUGCUCUUGACAUAGUGGCGGAAGUUCUCAGGAACGCCUUGCAGCCGGAUGUCGUCACCUGGAACACUCUGCUCAGUGCAUGUGGGCCCCGCUCAUUGUGGCAGUGUGGGAUCCUUGUCCUGGAGCACAUGAGCAGGAUGCUUCAAGUCAGCCUGGUGUCCUUGAACUCGGCACUGGCACUGUGUCGGCGAGGCGAAGCUUGGCGCCGGGGAAGCGCGCUGCUGGAACAUCUUGCCGGCCGUACCAUGCUGCCCGAUGCAGUCACUACUGGCUCUGGCGUUUCCGUGGCAAAUAGCUGGGCGGGUGCCAUGAUGUGGAUCUCGCAUGCGGUGCUGCUGCACGCACGAACGAACCUGAUUGUGUACAACUCGGCUAUCGGCGCGUGUUCGGCUGCAGUGCAGUGGCGGCAGACGCUGUGCCUCCAUGAAGCAUCAUCCCGAGGAAUUCGCCCCGAUCUGAUCACUGCAAACCGACUGCUUUCAUCAUGCGGGAAGGAAAGCCGCUGGCAGAUUGCCUUUCAAGUGACAUCCGAAAUAGUUGGCAGCAGAGUGGGAGUCAACAUCCAGACCUGUAACUCGCUCCUCAGUGCAGUGAGAGAUGGUGGCUGGCAGCAGUGUGUCACGUUGACGGAGGGCAUGACAACAAAGCCGCUGUCCCUGGAUGUGGUGACAUACAAUACCCUUAUGACAAUGAGCCAGGGUGCUCCGCGGUGGAUGGCCGUGCUUGCCCUCUUCCGCAGCAUGCGCAAGCAAGGUCUACAGGCGGAGGAGGUUGCAUUCAAUUCGCUGCUGGCUGCGUGUGGGAGCAGCAAGCAGUGGCAGGAAUCACUGUCCAUAGUGAUGGACCGGGGGAGCUUUCAACCGAGCGUGGUGACCAUCAGCAUGGCCCUGAACAUGUGUGGUGAGGUCAAGCUCUGGCAGUGUUCUCACCACCUGCUUGAGCUUCUUCAGAAGGAUCACUUGGAGGCCAACGCAAUCACCUACAACGCUGCCAUUGCCUGCGCGCAAUGUCUGGCUUGGCGGAGAGCUCUUGCAAUCUUCGAUGAUCUUCUGGUUGCCAGCUUGCAGGCCACCGUCGUUUCCAUCACGUGCAUCGUUGCGGGCAUCGGGGCGGCUCGCCAGUGGCAGGCAUCGGCCCGCAUCGCUGAGGUGUGCCGGUCAUAUGUUGCUCCCUGCAACGCGCGCAUUGCCGCCUCGGGAAGUCUGGCGCUCUGGCAAAGCUGCCUAGACAGCAUGCAGGAACUCCUCCGAACACAAACUCGCACCAACGCCAUCACCAUCAACUCAUCCAUAGCUGCCUGUGGUAAUGCUGAGAAAUGGCAGCAGACGCUGCAGCUCUAUGAAGACAUGCACGACACACUUGCAGACCUCAUCACGUUCAACACCAUCCUCAGUGCUUGCUCCAGCGACGCCUGGCAAGUGGCACUCCACAUCUUCAAGAGCCUCUGCAAACAGCAGCAGCCGGAUUUGCUUUCCUACAAUGCUGUCCUAACCUCCUUGGUGCCUUCAGGGCACUGGCGUUUGGCACUGGCCUUGGCUGCCGAGCUCCCGCAGCGAUGCAUGCAAGGCAACCGGAUCACCUACAGCUCCUUGGCGAGUGUAUGUGGCCGAAGCCAUCGCUGGCAACUUGCUCUGUCGCUCCUCGAAGAGCAGCGCCAAGCCGACCAAGGUCGCGGCGACGUGGUUCUUUACGACAGCGUCCUGUUCGCAUGCGGGCUCGCAGGGCGGCGGCGGUCGCUGCAGCCCCUGCUUGACGAUUUGGAUCGGUUGGGUCUGGAGCUGCUCGUGGCAGAAAAGAAGAUAGCUAGGCUGGUGUCUGAGAAGUCCAAGAAUGCAGGAGCAGUGGCGGAGGAUGACCAGGGUUUGCAUCAGCAGCUUGCGAACAUGUGGGUCGUGAAGGUGAGCGACGUGCUGCUGAUGCGGGGAAUCCCGAAAUGUCACCAACAGCUCCGGCAAGAGAACUUGCUCGUCAAGCACCAGCCAGGCCUCCUUACCAUCUUUGUCUCGCAUCAGUGGUUGGGCAACACUCAUCCGGAUCAUGCUGGGAUGCAGCUUCGCAUCUUCCAGAAAGCGCUGAAGAACGUCAUUAAUGGCACGAUCAAGCUAGAAUUGGAUGCAACCUCGCAGUUCUUUGGCCACAUGAAGACACUGUCAGCCGAGCUCCGGAACAGAUUAAACGAUGCAUACCUGUGGAUGGAUUGGUUCUGCGUCCCACAAGCAGCGUUUGAAACCGACCCAACAGCUCGCAAGCAAGUCGCGGAAGAAGCUGGCCUGUGCAUCCGCUCUAUCCCAGCCUACGUGGAAGCGUGCCAGAUCUUUGCAGCCCUGGUGCCGAAGAUGAUGCACAACCAGACGCAUGAGUUUUGCAGCUACUUCACCUGGCUGAACAGGGGCUGGUGCCGUGCAGAGAUGUGGUGUAAGCUUCUUUCGGACAGGUCCGACAUACCCAUCGUGGUUAUCUCCUCGAUAGAUCAGGUGGAGUUUGCUAUGCCGAUGCAGUGGCUGAAGUCUCCUGUCCAUCAGGGCGCUUUCUCCUUGGACAGUGAUCGUCUGGCCGUGUGCAAGUUCAUCCAGCAGGCAUUGGAUUUCAAGCUGGAAAGGCUGUCAAGACACAAGGAUUUGGACAUCUAUCGCUACUUCGCUGCAAGAUAUACAGACUUCCUGGGCUUGCCGAAGAAAUCAAGGAGCCUUCCGGAGUUUCUGAGCUACUUCCGCUUUCCAUCCAUGGAGGCUGCGCUCAAACAGAAGAAGGGCAUGGGGGCGAUGGCCUGCGCCGCCUUAAGCGGAGAUGUGGGCUUGCUUCAUCAGCUUGCAGAGGCUGGUGCUCCAAUGAACACAAAGCUGCGCGAGAUCUCAGAGCUCGAUCUGCUUCCGGACUGGACGCCACUCCACCUCGCUGCGGUGCGCAGCGACGAGGGCGCCGAGGCGGUGGCAGCGCUGCUGGAGCUGAGAGUCGAUCCGAACCAAGUAAACAAGCUGGGGCAUCCGAUUCUCGGGACCUGCGAGAGCCCUCGUGCAGUGGAGCUGCUUGUACAGUUCCGAGCUGACGUAAAUCAGAUGAAGCCAUUGACCAUGGCAACUCCCUUGACCCUGGCCUGUCUCCGCUGUCCUGAUCCCAGCGUGAUCGCGAAGCUCCUGGAAGUCCGUGGCGAUGUGAACCUCAGAAAAGGUGGGAUCGGCCUGACUCCGCUUCACUCCGCAGCCAUUCACUCGCACGGGAACCCGCAUUCUCUGACGGUGGCGCAAAUGCUGAUUGAAGCCAGGGCUGAAAUCGACGCCAAGGCGAAGGUCGGGCCGGCCUUUCGAGCAGUGGAGCUCGCCUGUCGUGCGGCGAUGCGGAUGCGAAAGGAAACACCCGGCAUUGUAAGAGUGUUGGGAGAGGGGAGCACCACACCGCUUGGCUACGCAGCGUUGUUCGGAGGCGACGCUCUCUUGGACUAUCUUUUGGAUGCCGGUGCAGAUCCGCAGGUCCGCAACAAUCGAGGCCACACGCCGCUCGAGUUGUCUAGGCACGCGGCUGUGUACACUGUCCUGUCACACCGUACAAGCAGCGGCUCCAACAGCAACAACAGUGGCAGCACGUUUGCAUCGCCGUCGGCAGCUUCCCCGCACUCUCCGAUAACCGACAGUGCCGAGCUCCCCGUCAUGAAGUUGGAGAGCGACAUUUCCUUGAAGAACCUGGUCAACACAGCGAUGGAGGUGAACGUCAUCCCGCUGGACACCUGUGUAGAGAAGCCAAAGCCUUCCCAGCAACCAGCAGCGCAGACCCAGAAUCCAAACGUCUCAUCACUUUAG